GACAGAAAGUACCAGAUUUUCCUUAUGGUACUGGGUGUUGUCCUGCUGUGGGAGCUGUUGGCUACUUUUCUCAAAUGGACAGUGGAUGAGAGUCUCUAUGAGUAUCUUGACUUCGUUGAUGCGACUGACAGGUAUGGCAAGCUGUGGAUUUGGAGUCACCUGGGUGCAUCUGUAGGUGCCUGCAGCAUUGCCAUAUUCGUGGAUCAACUGGAUUGCUUCCUCAGCGGUAGAAUCACCCGCCUCGCCGUCCAUUUCUACGGCUAUGCGCUCCUGGUAACGCUCUCAUUGCUCGUCAGUGUCUUUUUUCCCAUCCACAUUCCCAAGAAAACCAACCGCGUUAACAAAACCGCCAAAGCCUUGGCCCUCCUGUGGAGCGACGGCCGAGCCAUCCUGUGUGCCAUCACCGUCUUCCUCACCGGCGCGGCGGGGUCUGCGGUGGAGAACUUUCUCUUCUGGCAGAUGCAGGACCGAGGCAGCAGUGAGCUGUACAUGGGGCUCUCUGUGUCCGUUGGGCUGCUUGCUGAAAUUUUACUUUCUUUCUUCAAAGGGAAAUUGCUGAGGACUUUCUCGAGCAGCAGAAUUGUCGCAGUCAGUCUAAGCCUCCUGGCGGUACAGCUUCUGUGCUACUCCUUUUUGUGGACUCCGUGGUCGGUUCUCCUUGUCCAGGUUUUAUCCGCCUUCAGUAACGGUGCUUUGUGGUGGGUGGUUAACGCCAUGGUGGAUGACAUAACCAUUCCAGGCAUGGAGAGGUCCCUGCACGCUGUUCUCCACGGCCUCUGCCGUGGUGGAGGAGCGAGCUUGGGCAGUUUUGCAGGGGGAUUUGUCGUGAAGUACUUUGGCCUGGCAGUUCUGUACAGGGCGUGCUGUGUGUGCCUGCUGCUGUGGCUCUUCUUGUUCCUAAUUGUCCAGUCUAAAUUGCCACGGCAGAAAAAAAUUAAUUAUUCUCGUCUCCUGGCUGCCGAUUCCAGCGAUAUGAGUGACUCUGACGAGGAGAACGAGAGGGACUGGCUGGUGAACGCCAUGAAGGAUGAAAGCUUUAAUAGGAAUCGGUCACAACAGCGUGGGAUCAACUAA